AUGUCCUGGCUCAAGUUACACAACCCUACUAUAGACUGGCCUAAUAAGCGUAUUACUUUUAAUUCUCAAUAUUGUAACAACACUUGUCUUUCUGUUUCCAAUUCUAUCCUGGGAAAUGUUGGUGGGACUUCUAACCACCUUGAAGGCAUACCAGAAGACUUAGGAGGUGUUGAGGUAAUUGAACCUCUUGAAGGCAUCCCUAGGGAAACUGGAGGUACUGUGGAUUCUCCACUUGAAAGUAUCCCAGUAGAACUGCGCAAUUUUGCAGAGGUAUUUUCUGAGGACAUGAAGGUGAUGGAACUGCCGCCGCACCGUCCUUUUGAUUUAGGGAUUGAUUUAAUCGAUCCUGAUAAACCUGUUAAGGCUAUGGUAUACCCCUUGAAGGCAUCUGAUGAUGAGGAACUUAGAAAACUCCUUAAAGAACAAUUGGACAAAGGAUUGAUUUGCCCAUCCAAGUCCAAAUAUGGUUCCCCAGUUCACUUUGUCAACAAGAAAAAUGGGAAAAGGCGUAUGGUUGUGGAUUAUAGAUCCCUAAAUGCAAAUACAGUCAAGAAUGCGUACCCUCUACCUCUAAUACAAUCUCUCAUUGAGAAACUAAGGGGCGCAAAAUACUUUUCCACCAUUGACCUGAGAUCUGGAUAUAACUUGGUCCGGAUAAAGGAAGGUGAUGAAUGGAAGACUGCAUUUAAAACCAAAUAUGGCCUGUUUGAAUACCUAGUCAUGCCCUUUGGGUUAUGCAACGCUCCUGCUGCAUUUCAGCACUUCAUGAAUGAGAUAUUUAGGGACAUAUUGGACGUCUAUGUAGUAGUAUAUCUAGACAACAUCCUAAUAUUCUCAGAAAGCAGGGAAUUACACACAAAACAUCUCCAAGAGGUACUGAAAAGGCCGCAAGACAAUGCAUGCUACUGUAACCUGGAGAAGUGUAAUUUCUAUGCGUCUGAAGUAGAUUACCUUGGUGUCAUUGCCAAUGGUGAAGGAGUGAAAGCAGAUCCCAAGAAAAUCACUCAAGCGGUUGAUUGGGCAACACCGCGCUCUGUCAAAGGGGUUCAAGAGUUUUUGGGCUUUAUAAAUUUCUAUAGACGCUUCAUACAUAACUUCUCAAAAUUGGCACAACCCUUAUACCAACUACUCCAAAAGAAUAUACCUUGGGAGUGGGGUGAACGCCAAGAAGUGUCUUUUAAAGCGCUUAAACAGGCUCUAAUUGAAUCCCCUGUCUUAAUCCAACCCAAUCCAUACAAGGAGUUUUUCCUUGAGUGUGACGCCUCUGAUUUUGCAACGGGCGCUGCCCUUAAUCAAAAGGGCAGUGAUGAUAAAUUACACCCGGUUGCAUUCCUAUCAAAAUCCCUAGCACCUGCUGAAAGAAACUAUGAUAUCUUUGAUAAAGAGUUACUAGCAGUAGUAAGGGCUUUAAAGGAAUGGCGUCACCUGCUGGAAGGAACAGUAAUCCCUGUCAAAAUACUGACAGACCAUAAAAAUCUGGAGUACUUCCAGACAAAAAGGGACCUGAACCAAAGGCAGUUAAGGUGGAUGGGAUUUUUGGCAGAUUACAACUAUAGGAUUGUGUAUAGGCCGGGCGCACAGAAUAGAAAAGCAGAUAUUCUCUCUUGCCGUGAAGACCACAACCCAGAGCUUUUUAUUGCAGCUAUUCAAACAGAUAGUGACCUUAAUGAUCUAAUAAGGGACGCUCUGCAUGAUGAUAAAGCUGUAUACAAAAUCCUCAAAUCCUUGGAAGAGGACAUACCUGUUAAAGGAUGGAAACUUGAUAAUGGCUUACUCUACUAUCAUGACCGGAUUUAUGUCCCUAAUGAGCCAGAAAUCAGGAAAGCCAUCUUAGAAAGCAGGCAUGAUAACCCUUCCACUGGGCACCCAGGACAGUUCAGAACCCUAGACCUCCUUUCAAGGGAUUACUACUGGUCAGGGAUGAAACAAUCUGUAACAAAAUAUGUCCAAGCAUGCGAUUCAUGCAUACGUAGCAAACACUCCAACCGGGCUCCUGAAGGUCUCCUUCAAAACAUAGAUUUACCCAAUAAGCCCUGGGAGGAAAUAACGUAUGAGUUGAUUGUAGGACUCCCCACCUCAGAAGGAUAUGAUGCAAUAUUAACAGUAGUGGACCAAUUAUCCAAAAUGGUUCACUUUAUACCAACGCACUCUGAUGCUACUGCUGUUGAUGUUGCAAACCUCUUUGUAUCCUUUGUGUGGAAACAAGUCUACAAGCGGUUGGGGAUAGAACCACAUUUCUCCACUGCAUACAGACCACAAGUUGAUGGACAAAGUGAACGCUUAAACCAGUUUGUGGAAAUUUACCUACGCCACUACAUCAACUAUAGACAAACAGACUGGGUUGCAUCACUACCACUUGCAGAAUUUGCAUACAAUAAUGGGAAACACUCAGGCUCCAAACACUCUCCCUUCUACAUGUGCUAUGGUUAUAAUCCAGACUUCACAGUUGGAAACACCAAGGAAAGCCAUGUGCCCCAAGCCAACAACCUAGCAGACUUCCUGAAAGAAAUCCAAACUGAAGCAAAAGCUGCUUUAGAAAUUGCUGCAAGACAAAAUGCGCAAUACUAUGAUUUAAACAGAAGGGAAGCAACCAAGCUGGAAGUUGGUGAUAAAGUUUAUUUGAGUAGUGCCAACAUCAAAACUUCAAGGCCUUCCCAUAAGCUAGAACAUAAGCAAUUGGGGCCCUACAAGGUCUUGGAGAAAAUUGGCAGGAACUCUUAUAAACUGGAUCUCCCUAAAUCCAUGAAAGUCCAUCCUGUCUUCAACAUUGCCCUAUUACACAAAAAGCCAGUAGACAAGUAUGACCGUGAUCCAGUCCCACUCCCCCCAGUUGUCACAGCUGAUGGAGAAGAGGAAUAUACUGUUGAAAGGAUCCUAGACUCCAAGAAAGUGGGUCAACAAGUCAAAUACUUGGUUAAAUGGAAAGGGUAUGGACCAGAGGAUAACACAUGGGAGCCCAAGGCCCACUUAGCCAAUGCCCCUGAAAAAUUGGCUAAGUUUCACCGUGAACAUCCAGAGGCAGCUGGACCUUAA